GAGCGGUGCGGGUGUGCCAUAUCCUUUCUCCCCCCGGGCCGAGUGGUGCGCGCGGUGCGGGGCGGGGCGCCGGGCCGCAGUGGCGGAGCCGCCCCGUCGCUCCGGCGCAUCGCGGUCGCCAUGGCGCUGUGCGGCCGCUCCGCGCUCCUCCCGCCGCCCCCUCGGCACCGUCCCCGGCCCCGAGCCCCGGGGCCCUUCGUCAGCUGCAGCCGUCUCCGAAAUAUUCAGACUAUUCUGACGCAGAGCAGCAAAUCUCAGCCUGAUGGAAUCCUCUGCAUUUUAGGGAUAGACAGUCGAUACAAUGAAGGGUGCAGAGAGCUGGCAAAUUAUCUGCUCUUUGGUUUGUACAACCAGAACAACAAUGACUUUGAAAGGACAGGUUCCGAGGAAGUUCUGGAUGAUAUAAUCAUAUUAAUAAAACCUGACAGUGUUCAUCUGUACUGCAACCCUGUGAAUUACAAUCAUCUUUUACCCUAUGUGGCACACUGGAGGAACUUGCAUUUCCACUGUCUGACUGAAAAUGAGUAUGAAGAUGAAGAAGCUGCAGAGGAAUUCAAGAUUUCCAGCUUUGUGGACAUGGUCAGGGAUUGCAGCCGCAUCGGGAUCCCCUACAGCUGCCAAGGCCACCUGCAGAUAUUUGACAUGUUCAUCGUGGAGAAGUGGCCGAUCGUCCAGGCCUUCGCGCUCGAGGGGAUCGGGGGUGACGGCUUCUUCACCAUGAAAUAUGAAUUAAUGGAUGUCAGUGCUGAUUUAUGGAAGACCUACAGCAAAAUGGAUCCUGUGUCCUUAGAGGAUUUGCUUUUUGAGGAUUUAAUGAUUUUUGAACACCAGUGGACCAACUUUUUUGCUAAUUUUGACACUGAAAUUCCCUUCAUCCUGGAACUCUCAGAAUCUCAGGCUGGGGAGCCCUUCAGAAGUUAUUUCAGCCAUGGCAUGAUCUCAAGCCAUAUAACAGAUAACAGCCCGAGCCGUCAGCCCUUCGUCCUGUUCGGCAGCCACUCCACAAAGGAAAACUUGAACACUGGGAACUUUAAUUUUCCAUCUGAAGGGCAUCUGGUCCGAAACACUGGCCUUGGUGGAAGCACUGCCAAGCAUAUGGUAGUGCAGUGUGUAUCUCCAAAGGGACCUCUGGCUUGUUCAAGGACCUAUUUUUUUGGAGCCACUCACAUUCCUUUCCUGGGAAAUGACAAUGAGAUACACAAGCAAGCUGAGCAAGUUACGCUGUUGUCGCAAAUAUAUUCUGCUGUUGUAGAGGCUGUGCUUGCUGGCAUUGAGUGCUAUGCUAAAACUUCCACUGAAUCCAAGGCAAAGGAGGUGGCAGAGCAGGUGCUGCUGUCUGUGUUGGACACCCUUGGCUUAGCACAGCUGAAAUCUGCUUUACGCUCCAAAAUUGCUUUUCAAAUCCAGGCUGUGAACAACCAUGGCAGAAUCACUCCAUUAGAUAAUGAGGAUAGCCUGAGUUUGAUCAAAACGGCAUCCAUGAUGGUGUUUGACAUUCCAGACCUGCUCACAGGAAGAGGAUGCUUGGGAUCUGUUGUGUUUUCAGAGUCCUUCCUGACGUCACAAAUACAGGUCAAAGAAAAAGAUGGCAGCAUCCACCCAGACUCCAGGCACGUUAUCCUGACUGCAGCUAUCCCGAGAUUUGCUUCCUGGCUGGUUGAAGACAGUGAUGUGAAACUGUCUGAAAAGGCACAGCAAGUAUUGAAGGAGGACAAAUCUUUCCUGGGCACUUUACUCACUGGGGGUGAUGGAGUUUAUAUCUGUUCCAGCAAUCCACAGGCCAUGCCUGCAGAAGGCAAAUUGUAUUUCUUUUCUGAUGGAAUUCUGUUCUGUGAUCCCCACCACGGCAGCAUUUCCAUUUCCAAGAAGCACAUGAGUUCCAUUUCUCUCUAUGAUGGGGAUUCCAACAGUAUUGUCGCUGCUCUCUUUAUAGACUUCAAAAGUUCCCUGCUUCCUCAUCUCCCCAUUGAAUUCCACACCCAGAACAACUUUCUGAUGAUUGCACUUUUCCCCAAAAGAAAGAUUUAUAAAGCUUUUUAUUCACAGGUUUUCUCUUCAUGGCAAAACCAGACAAACUCAGGAUUAUCUUUAAGGGUUGUCCCAGAAGAAUUCCUGUCUGAGGAACAAAAGAGGCUGCAUUCCAGUGUCCAGAAGCUCUUCAAUGCCUUGUCUUUUGCUUCUGGGGAAAGAUGCAGGGAGCUGAAACUGUCUGCUGUCAUUCCAGGAUUGGAGAGGUUUGUGCAGCACUUCACAGUCAGCAGUGUCAGUACCAAGCCAGUGAUGAGGGCACAUCUUCCUGUCCUUCUCCAACAGUCAGAAACCAUUUCUGACAGCAAAGCAGAAGGUGAUAAGGUGAUCAUCACCAUCCUCACUGGGCUGCCAGGGUGCCGUUCCAGCGACCUCUGUUCUUUCCUUGUCACUUUUACCAAGGAGCAUGGGAGGUGGAUUGUGUAUCGGCAGACCAUGGACAGCCCGCAGUGCUUCAGUGCCUCCCACUUCCAGCGCUUCCUGGCCGGGCUCCUGGAGGCCCAGCAGAACCUUGGGGUCCAUCAGUCCACCCACACUGGGAAGAGCAACAGGCUCCUGGUGGUGCUGCAAGGGUACACUGAUGUUAUUGAUGUUGUGCAAGCUCUGCAGACUCACCCUGACCCAGAUGUGAAAUCUUCUUUCAUCAUUGGAGCAGUCAACACCUGUGUGGAGCCUCUGAGCUGCUACAUGGAACACAGGCUUCUUUUUCCCAAGUUCUUGGACCAGUGUUCACAAGGACUGGUGAGUAACGUGGUUUUCACAAGUCAUGCCACAGAGCAGAGGCACCCACUCCUGGUGCAGCUGCAGAGCCUGAUCCGAGCAGCAAACCCUGGAGUUUCCUUCAUCCUGGCAGAAAAUGGGAUUGUAACGAGGAAUGAGGAUAUUGAACUCAUUCUCUCAGAAAGCAGUUUUUCAAGUCCUCAGAUGAUGAGAGCUCGAUAUUUAAUGUACCCUGGCUGGUACGAGGGCAGAUACGGGGCUGGGCCCGUGUUCCCUCCCAUGGUUCAGAUCUGUGUGUGGUUCAGCCGCCCUCUGGAGAAAACAAGAUUUGUCACCAAAUGCAAAGCAAUUAAGUCGUUGCUCAAGCCAAGUCCUUUUUCUGGAAACAUUUAUCACAUCAUGGGCAAAGUGAAGUUUUCAGAUGCUGAUAAAGUCAUUGAGGUCUGUCACAACACAGCAGCAAAUUCCCUGAGCCUGGUGCCUGUUCCGGAGGGUCAAACUCCUCCUGAUUCCAGAAAUGAUCCCAGAGACUGCAGCAGUCAACAGGAGUAUUUCCUUGUGUUCAUUGGCUGCUCCCUGAAGGAAGAGGAUAUCAAAGAUUGGCUCAGAGAAACUGCAAAACAGAAACCUCAGAGGAAAGCCCUGAAAACCAGAGGAAUGUUAACCCUUCAGGAAAUCAAAAACAUCCACGUGAAACGCCACUUGGAUCCACUCCCAGCUGGUUAUUUUUACAAUGGGACUCAAUUUGUGAAUUUUUUUGGUGACAAAAUGGAUUAUCAUCCACUAAUGGACCAGUUCAUGAAUGAUUACUUGGAAGAAGCCAACAGGGAAAUUGAGAAGUACAACAGGGAGCUGGAGGAGCAGGAGUACCACGACCUCUUUGAGCAGAAGAUUUAAGCACGUGCAUCCUGAAUGUUCCUGUCCUUAUGUCAGGAACCAAAAAUGCUGUUUUGUCCUUCUGGCUCACAAGAAAUCGAGUGAAAUGUCUGUUUUCAGCACUCCUUCCCAAACUAAGGGAUGGUUCCCCUGAGGUUGGCAUUUAACACGGUAACUGCUUAGCUGUUUGUACUGUCAGGAUUGCUUCCACUUCACCCUAAUUCCAGACUGUACAAAGCAUCACCUGGAAUCUCUGGCUUGUGGUGGAAACGUGGGAAAAAGAAGAAGAAGGAGGAGAAAAGAAGCAAAACUGGAUUUAUUUCCUAAAAAAAGGUCAGAAUGUAAUUGUGGAAUUGGGCCAUGGUGCAGAUAUCAAACAAUUCCUGGGUGUCCCUUGGAAAUCGUUGCACAGGAGCAUCGAUGGUCAGUGGGGGAGUUCAGGAUGUGGGAUUGGGGUUCCCAAAGCGAGAAAUGGGGGAACAGACUCGGAAGAGUCCCCAAUCCCAGAACUGUUUGGGUGUUCCUGACGCAAAAAAUGGGGGAACAAUUUAAAAAAGUAAGAGAGUCCCUAAUCCCACAGUUGCUGGUGUUUUCCCAAAGUGAGAAAUGGGGGAACGAGGGGAACAACUCAGUUCUGAGUCCCUAAACAACAGCUGUUGAGAUGUUCCCAAAGCGAGAAAUGGGGGAACAGUGGGGAAAACUCAGAACUGAGUCCCUAAUCAGCAGCUGUUGGGGUGUUCCCAAAGCGAGAAAUGGGGGAACAGUGGGGAAAACUCACAAUUGGGUCCCUGAUCCCACAGCUCGUGGUGUGUUCCCAAAGUGAGAAAUGAGGGAACACUUUCUCAGAGUUCCUAAUCCCACAGCAUCUGGGCUGUUCCCAAAGCGAGAAAUGGGGGAACAGUGGGGAAAACUCAGGACUAAGUCCCUAAUCAGCAGCUGUUGGUGUAUUCCCAAAGUGAGAAAUGGGGGAACACUUCUCUGAGUCCCUAAUCCCACAGCUCUUGGUGCGUUCCCAAAGCGAGAAAUGGGGGAACAGUGGGGGUAACUCUGAAGAGCUCCUGAUCCCAGAGCUGUUGGUGUGUUCCCAAAGCAAGAAAUGGGGGAAUGAUUCAAAAAUUUAGAAUCCCUGAAUCUGCAGCUGUUGGGAUGUUCCCAAAGCGAGAAAUGGGGGAACAGUGGGGAAAACUCAGAACUGAGUCCCUAAUCCCAGAGCUGCUGGGGCAUUCCCAAAGUGAAAAGUGUGGAAACAGUGGGAACAACUCAGAGAGUCCCUAAUCCCAGAGCUGUCAGGGUGUUCCCAAAGCGAGAAAUGGGGGAACAAUGGGAAAAACUCAACUGAGUCCCUAAUCCCAGAGCUGUCAGGGUGUUCCCAAAGCGAGAAAUGGGGGAACAAUGGGAAGAACUCA